AUGUAUUCCAAGAUCGGAGCGAUCGUUCUGGUGAUUGGUGGCAUGAUGAUGUCUGGUGCUGCAGCACAGUCCGACCAAUGCUCCGCCCAACCCUGCUAUGAACGCUGUGUCCGAGAUAGCUAUCAAUGCCUGAACGAAUGCUGGAACAUCGCAUCGCAAAUCCAAAACAGACGCCAGGCAAAUCGGUUCCACGCAAAUUGCCAACGGGGCUGCGACGAUGGAAUCUCCAACUGCAUCUUCCAACAAUGCGACGUCCAAUGCCCUGUCGUCGCGGACAGCGGUGACCCCGACCAAUGCCACGAAAGCUGUGAGCGCAACGCACUCCUGGACACGAUCCGAUGCAUCACCACUCGGCCCAAUUCCGCGAACCGCGACAGUUGCAUCGGAGCCGCAAACUCCAAGCACCGGGGCUGUCAGGCCGAGUGCCCACCCCGUGAGCCGGUCGGCGGCUGCAAAGACGGCUGCAUUGCUGAUUCGAUUGUGGGAAUUGGCCGGUGCGUUCUGGCACCACAGAACCCGGCGAGUCGAGCGCUCUGCAAUCAGGCGGUGGAGUCGGAGCGGAUAGAAUGUGAGGAGAAGUGCGACAAGGCCCCGUCGGCCACCACUGCAGCAACCACCAUCACCACCCCCACGGUGACCCCUUGUCAGGGGGCGCCAUCAUGCGGAUCGUUGAUCACGCCCUGUCUCUGCGACUGUUUCAACGAGUUACAUUGUGGAAAUAACGCCUGUAACGAGGAGUCGGCUACGUGUGGCGACUCGGACGCCUGUGGCUGGCGCUACAGCGAAUGUAUCAGUGCGGUCGAUGCCAAAUUUAAUACCUGCAAGGGCAAAUGUCCGGCUUCUUGA